AGCCUGGGCUCCGGCGCUUCCGGGGCGCGCGCGCGCGCCGGGGGGAGGCCGCGCGCGCCGAGGGCGCGAGCGGCCGCCCAGAAUGGGCGCCCGCGGCGGGCCGCGGCCGAGACCGCUGCCGGCCCUCCUGUGCAUCGCAGCCGCCUGCGUGGCACCCCCAGCGCGAGCCCAGACAGCAGAGGCGGCAAGGUCGCAGGCGCAGAAGAGCGAGCCGCCCGACGUGCCAGCGGCGGCCUCGGCCUCGGCCUCGGCCCCGGCGGCGAAGGAGCCCGCGGCGCGGCCGCCGCCGGAUGCGCCCCCGACGACCACCGCGGCCCCAGCCGUCGGCGCGCCAGCGGGCCGCCCAGGGGCGCGGGGCAGGGCCGCGGCAGCCGCGGCCACGAAGGCGAAGCCCCCCGCGCGCACCCGGCCGGUGCCCGGGCAGACGACGAGCACGGCCCGCCAGCGCGCGGCGGCCAAUGUCGCCAAGCCUUCGGGGCAGCCGGCCACUGCUGCCAAGCCGAAGGCGGCUGCUGCCAAGCCGAAGGUAGACAGGGCCAGGGCCAAGGCUCCCCCGAAGCGCAACGUCCCGCCGCCGAAGGCGCCCCCAGUCGCGCAGACGCCGCGACAGCCGCGGCAGCAGCGCAAGACACCGUCCCCGCCGCCGAAGAAGGCGGCCGCCAGGCCGCCGUCGCGGGCGGCGAAGCCGGGGGCGCCCGUGCGCGCGGCCCGCGGGGGGAGCCAGGCGCGCGGGGGCAGGGCCCAGCCCAAGCCGCCCGUCGCCCCCCCGCGGAAGCCGCCGACGCGGAAGCCGGCGCCGAAGGCGCCGCCGCCGGGCACCGUCAAGGCAAGGAGCGGUGGCCCCCGCAGCCGGGGCGGGGCGAAGGCGGGCGCCCGGAAGUCGAAGCCGGAGCUGUGAUGCCGCGGGUGGGCGCCUUCCUGGAGCUCCCGCCGCCGCGCGGCGCCGCGUUGCGGCCUGAAAGGCUGGUGCAGCGGGCCCGCCGGCGAUCUCGCGAGAUCGGAGGACGAGUCGGACGCGGGCCCUCGGGAUCCUCCGGGCGUGCCGUCGCUAAGCCGCCCGCGCGCUGCUGUACGCAAGUAGACCGCCCCGAGGGCCACGCGCAGCGGGCCUGCGCGCGACCUCGUGAGAACGGAAUUUCCCACUGC